GUCAAAACUCAAAACAUGAAACUGUCACUUGUCAAGCGACCGAUGUGAUAAGAUACGUCAAAAAUUCCUUGAUUUUUUUUGUUUUCCUAAUAUUUUGAUAAUAUACUAUUUACGCUACUGAAUUCAAAAACUAAUUUACAUUUUCCGCGUUGCUCGUCGACCUAUUGACUUUGAGUUGCACACGGAGUUGCGUAUGAUGCUUUCUGAUAUGCAGCCGUUUACAGCUUUUAUGAAUGUCGAGAGCACCCGCUCUUAUAUGGACGAUUUAUAUUCCCAGGAUCCUAAUAAAUGCUUAUCAUCGAUAAUAUGCAUCAAGAACUCCGUCAUAGGAUCAAAUCGCCAAAAAGAAAGCGUAAUAGCCCAGGGCAUAGUUCCACGUCUCAUAGCACUGUUGAAGGAUAAAGAAAUGAAGUCCGAAGUUCGGAUAGAAGCUGCGGUGACCAUUGGCUCUCUUGCCAAAGGUACAGAAGACCAUAUUGAACUUCUAAUAAACUCUGGAAUAACACAAGUUUUGUUGGAGCUUUUGGAUGAAUCAGAGGCGAGAUUGAUAGACUCUUGUCUAUGCUGUUUGCGCACUCUUUCACACAACUCCAAGAUCACUGAAACAAACUACACACCCCAACACUUGACCAAAUUGUUGGCUUAUGCUGGUGCUAGAGAAAGUCUGCAGCGCCAAUCAUGUGUAGCAAGUAUCUUAAGUGCAAUAUGCAAAGGUACAUCAGAACAAAAUGCUCUAUGCUCUGUUGGAGCUCCAGCAGUUCUGGCUGCCUUAUUGUCAGUCCAAAAUUAUUCUGUAAGAAUACCAGUCGUAACGUGCUUGGCUACUAUGUGUUUCAACAACUCUGCAGUUGCAUUAGAGAUAGUGCACACCUCGUGCAAAGAUAUAAAGGUACCUAAUUAUCUGGCUACUUUGAUAUCAAGAGAUAGGCCGAUUGAGAUGCAACUUGAGGCAGCCAAAUGUCUCACCAAUCUGCAUAGAGCUGGAGCAAUACCAGCUUAUGAUCCAAUUAUCACUUACAGGACCUUGCCCUGUUUGGUUCGACUAUGUCAGGUAUGUAUUAAUGAUAUAACAAUUUAUACUUCUCUUACCUACUGGUAGGGAAGUAUUGUAAUCACAAAAAUUUUCAAUAAUGGGAUAUUAUUUUUUAAUGUUAUAUGACAUCU